AGGUGCUGAGCAAUAUCGACAGACUCUCUGCUGUUGACUAGGCAAAAGGUUCUGGAAAGACUUACGACUUGUUCCAACUUUGAGUAAAACAAUAGCAAUGGCUCUCAAGUACAGUGAACGAUAAAGGCCACCUCUGCCCCAGCAAUGAGACCAUGGGACGCAUGGAGGUGACACAGAGCUCAGUGUAAGACUAUGAUCCUGCGACGAACGGAAACUACUCGACGGAGGCGCAGCAAGUGUCUGUGGCUGGCACUAGCAGGGAUGCUCCUGAUGGGAGAGGUGGUCCAAGGGUUCGUAGCAAGUAGGGUAGUGAGGACGAAGAACGGAGAGGUUUCAGGACUGGUUGUCCAACCAGAGAGUAGACAUCUUGACCCAGUGGAGGUAUACAGAGGGGUUCCUUACGCAUCUCCACCCACAGGGGUUCUCAGGUUCAUGCCCCCCGUGACCGGUGCUCUCUGGUCUGGAGUGAAGAACGCCGAUCGUUUCAGCCCAGUGUGUCCCCAGAGGCUCCCUGACAUCCACAACGAGACGGCAGCUCUCAAGAAGAUGCCGAGGGGACGGUUAGAGUAUUUGAAGAGGCUUUUGCCUUACCUGAGCAAUCAGAGCGAAGACUGUCUUUACCUAAAUAUCUACGCCCCAGUGCAAGACAGGGAUACGCUCGCCAAAUAUCCAGUCCUCGUGUUUAUCCACGGGGAGUCGUACGAAUGGAACUCUGGGAACGUGUAUGAUGGCAGCGUGUUGGCUAGCUACGGAGGACUUGUGGUGGUCACUGUUAACUACAGGCUUGGAAUACUAGGUUUUCUAAACGCCAAUACGGACUUGCAUUCAAGAUCUCCAGCAAAUUACGGCCUCAUGGACCAGAUAGCAGCACUGCACUGGAUCCAGGAGAACGUCGCCUUCUUUGGUGGAGACCCUAGCAAUGUCACCCUCGUAGGUCAUGGCACAGGAGCGGCCUGUGUGCACUUCCUCAUGACCUCCAGUGCUGUGCCGGACGGUUUGUUGUUCCACCGAGCCAUCCUAAUGUCAGGGUCCGCUCUAAGUCCCUGGGCACUAGUCCGAGAGCCAGCUCGCUUCGCUCGACAAGUUGCCAAGCACGUCAACUGCUCGCCCGAGAUGCCUCACCCCCACUUGCUCAAAUGUUUGCGUGAACGUCCACUUGAGGCGCUGCUGUCCACUCCCAUCGAUGUCCCUGAGUUUUCUACUGCCUUUGGUCCUUCUGUGGACGGUGUUGUUAUAGACAAUGGUAACCCAGAGCCUAGACCAUCUAGCAAUCAAGAAAGCAGCCAUGGUCAGUACAACGAGUACAGUGCAAGUGGUCCAGGCAGGCCAGCUGCACCUGCCCAUGACCCUCAUACAGGGGGAUACAUCAAUCUCAACAACCCACUGGCCAGGAAGGCCAUGGUGGCCAAGAUGUCCAGGUAUGACCUGCUACUGGGAGUGGUCAAGGCGGAGGCUUACACAACCUUUAGUGGGGAUGACGUCCAGUACGGCAUAGAGAGCGAGCGACGCACUAGGAUACUCAGGACUUUCGUCAGGAACACCUACAGGUAUCACCUCUCAGAGAUCCUAGCCACGAUUGCCAACGAGUACACGGACUGGGAACGCCCCGUCCAACAUCCCAUCAACAUCCGCGACGAGACUCUAGAGGCGCUCAGCGACGCGCAGGUGGUGGCUCCCGUCAUACACACCGCAGACCUGCACUCCUCGGCGAGAAGAAACUCAUAUCUGUAUGUCUUCGACUACCAGAGCAAAUUUGGAGACUAUCCUCAGCGCCAGGGUUGUAUCCAUGGGGAGGAGCUGCCUUACGUGUUCGGAGCGCCCCUAGUGGCUGGUAUGAUGCAUUUCCCCAGAAACUACACUAAGGCAGAAAUACUACUCUCUGAAGCCACUAUUCUGUAUUGGAGCAACUUUGCUAGGACUGGGAAUCCUAACGAACCGCAGGAUACUGAUCUCGUGCAUGGUUUUAGACAAGAGAAGAAUCGAUUCAAGAACAUUGAAUGGGCUCCAUAUGAAUCCGUUCAUAAAAAAUAUAUUUGUCUUGAUAUAAAACCAAAGCUCAAGAACCACUACAGGGCCCACCGUCUCUCCUUCUGGCUGAACCUUGUCCCGGAUCUCCACAGACCAGGCGGAGACGACGUUCCUCGGACUCAUCAUCAGCUGGAGACAGACGACCAUCCUCAUUUGUUUCCAGCUGUGCCAUCCUCUCGUAAGCCUCCACACGACACCACGACUGUCAGUGUGGGCCAGGGAGUUCUGCCUUCACCUUCCUACGACAACAGUUCCCUGGGACUCUACAUGCCACCGGUUGUGGUCGUCGCUCCCUCUUCCUCCGACAGAGGCUCUGCCGCACAGGAGUCUUCGGACAGUCAGCAGGAGGAUGGGUUUGCCGCCUACUCUACAGCGUUGAGCGUUACGAUAGCCAUCGGUUGCUCUCUGCUGCUCCUCAAUGUCCUGAUCUUCGCUGGCGUUUACUACCAGAGAGACAAAGGAAGACACGGUGACUCGAGUCCGGCCAGUAACAACUCCACAGCCUCCUGCAACUCCACGCUCAAGAAGCGGCAGGAGAAUGGUGGACCUAUGAGCAAUAUCUGUGUAACUGGAGGACCUACGGAACUCCUGCAGAUCAUGGAAACUCGCACCCCUACCAGUAUACCCUCCAUCCUUAAGACUCCAACCUCGGACACAACCCUCUUGGUGCUCCAGCCUCCCCAGAGUCAUCGUCUGCCUCCCGCGGAGUUCACUGACGGAGGAACCCUCCCUAGGCCUCCUCCACCCCCCAAGGUCGUCAAACCCCCGGCUCAAGCAGAGACCCAGCCACUCCUAGCACCUCAUGGGAGUAUCCAGCUCAUCAGCACCCAUCCGGGUACUCUGGGGCGGAAACACACCCAGGGAAAGCCAAUGGAGGAGCUAAGGGUGUGACAAAUCGAGCGACAGGUCGACUUCCGGUGCCUGGCCAACGACCUGAACCGGAUAUGUGACCAGUUGAACCGGAGCAAACCGGAAACGGAAGACGCGCUGUAUCAUGUGUGACCCGUGUAUAGUGUAUAUAGUGUUAAAGCGGACGAUAGUGUUAUGGUUUCAGUGUUUUCUUUCUUUUCGUCGUGUCUUUUCUUGAUGUGACAAAAACUCCUACCAAUAAUUUUGUUAUUUAUCGAAUGGUUUAUAAAUAAUAUCUUUUAAAAUGGUUCGUAUGUUCCAAAAAGUUCUUAAAACAUAAAAAAAUUGUCUUAAAAUGUAUUUUUUCGUAUUAAAAUUAAAUUUCAAAUUGCAACAUGAUUACACAUUUAUUGAUAUUUAUUAUAAGGCCUUCUGUGAUUUUUAAAUCAUUCAAAAAUUUAAUCAAUCCAGGUUAUAUUACACUGUUGAAAAACUGGAUUUUAAGGAUGUAUAAAUAAAAUUAACCACAAACAAAUGAU